AUGGAGGAAAUGGAAAGCGGAAAAGAAGAAAAUAAAGGUGAUUAAUCUUUUUCACAGAUUCAUCGUUUCAACAAUUUUUCAUUUUGAAAACGGCAAAAAUCUAGAUAAUUUUCCAUCGCACACGAAACGAUUAAGCUUUGAGCAAAAUAUGAUUGAAGCGCGUAUGAAAUACAAGUUGUCUGCCUAUUAACUGCUUCGAAAACUAAAUUCACUGGCAAAACAAUGGAAAUAAUUCUUAAUUUAAAUGUGUGCGGCAGUUGCUAAAGUGCAUGCUUUGGCUGCUCCUAAAAAAUUUUUGCUGAACUAUUUUCUUCGCGUUUUGAUUCUAUUUUAGAUAGUAAAAAUGUUCUCGGCUAUUUUAAUAUUUGAAAAUAUUGCUAAUUUUUGCUUGAAUAUAGCUUAACCUAUCUCCUGAUAAUUUCAAAGAAAAAAUUUAAAAAAUGAUUGGACCCUGUAUGAUAUAGCGAUUUUUCUUACUUUUUUAGUUUCUUUUCAAUGAGAAAAAUCAUUUAAUCAAUAAACUCCUUUAUUUUUUAAGGUAACAUGGACGGACUACAAGAAUUCGAGGCGCAGACAGUUUGCGCUAUUUUUAACGAAAUGACAACGAUUCCGGAAAUCUUCCAACAAAGUGGUCAAUUCUGUGCAAACAACAUACUGAAAUUGUACGUUUUUUUGUUUACUUUGAAGAUUUGGGAAACACGAAACGAGUUCGUAAAUUCAAGCAAGAAUUUGGAAUUUGCAAAAUAUUUUCCGAUUUUUUUCCGACAUUAAUCAGAAGUCUGAUGAUUGAAAAUAUGAAUUCUAACGAAUUCAAUUUAAUUCACACAUAUAACAAAUUUUCCACGAAAUUUUUGCGAUUUUUUAGAAGAAAAUCAAAAUUCUCAAGUUUCUGGGUCUAGAAUACAAAUUUCUUGAUUUUAUACUGAAAAAAGACAUUUUGAACGAGAAGUUAUUCAAAAAUGUAGAGCUUCAAGGUUCUAUAACUGAAAAUGAAAAAAAGAGAUUUCAAUUAUCUAAAGUGGGUGUGAAACCGGUCUCACACAAGAAAAAAAUUCAUGAAAAAUAAUGAAAUUUUCAAAUUGAUAUUACAGAACUCCAUCAAUCAGACAAGUGGAUGACAACCUUGAAAUCGGAUUAUUGUUUGAUUCGAACGUUUUGAAUCAAACAAAAUGGAUAGUUCAAUGCAUGGGAAAAUUGAGCAUACAAAAUCCAUCAAAUUAUACGGAUAUAACAAUUGCAACAAUUCACCCCGCCAAAGUCACCUGUUCAUUCAAUAUUCAUAAAAUAUAUAUGAAUCGAUAA